GUCAUCCACUUUGUUGUAAAGAAUGGCGUGCGAAAACGCAACUGAUUAUGUUUACAAACUAGUCGAUGGAGAGAGUGUUCUCCAGGAAGCUAUCUCUGAAAUCAAACAGAAAAUCGCCGAGAGGAACACUCUUUUAGCUGUAGAUUGUGAGGGAGAUUCGCUGAGUAGAAAGGGAGCCCUUACCAUUAUCACAGUAGCAACUGCGGAGAAAGUGUACAUAUUUGAUGUGCAGAAAUUGGGUCAACGCGUAUUUACCAGUGGACUUGGCGAAAUCCUCGAGGACAAAUCGCGUGAGAAGUUGAUGUUCGAUUGCCGACAAGACUCCGACGCGCUUUGGCAUCAGUUUCAAGUUAAACUAGGAGGAGUGUUGGAUAUUCAGCUCCUUGAGGUCAUCUAUCGCCGUGAAAACCCUUCAGAAUCUACAACUAAUACUCACCAGAAUUCCAACAAAAAUAGACGUGGUUUUCAGUCAAAUCGUCGUAGUCAAAGAAUACACGAAAUAGAAAAAUUAUUUGGUUUUGGUCAUUGCAUCGAGUUGUACCUCCAAGAUGAAAAACUGUCCAACGUAAAGGACAAAGGAAAAGAGCUGUUAAAGGAAGAUAAGAGAGUGUGGAUGAAGAGACCACUGACGGAUGCACUGAUACAGUAUUGCAUUGUGGAUACUAUGGCCAUGUUCAGAUUGUACAACAAGAUGAAGGAAGUCAAUGGAGGAGAGCAGUCUCGUCUUCGAGUUGCAUCCGAAAAAUAGGUUGAUCUGUACCGGGGCAAAGCAGAAAGAUCCUUUGAUGAGUAUGAAACAAAUGGGUACCUUCCUCUUGACAUCAUCCCGGAUAAAGGAACUCUCGAUUUUCCUUACGCUAACACUGCAUGUACGCGCUGCGAUCGACGAUUUCCACGGGAAGAAUUCAGUAAAAUACAGCUGAGAAAAGGAGAGCAGAAAUGCAGGGUAUGCAAGGAGAUAAAGCGCCUGGAUGAUGUACAAAUAAACAGAGAAAACAAUUGGGAGCGCGCUGCCCGCGCAGAGGAAGAUUGUGUCUACAUUCCAGAGGGAAUGUCUGAUUAUGCGUUUGUUCACGGCCACGAACCCUGGGAGACCUUAUCUGAUGAGUAUGACACAGAUUACUGGUAAACAAAUUUUAGUACGAGGCCAUAUGGAGAUUCACCGUAAAGACAGCAAUGUAAUCAAAAAGUACUUUGAUUUUUUUAAUUAUAAAUGCAAAGACUAGCAAAAACUAACGAUUAAUUAUAAUUGUAAAUACCUUCUAGUAAACUAUGGCAAGACUAGUGAUGGUUGAAUGAUCAUAGCCGCGUGGACCUUCUCUUUACAAAUUUUUACCAUUAUUCAAAUUUUGUCUUCGUUUACAUUGGCCGUAGGGAGCAGAUAUAUAAUAAGAUUACGACUACCGUAACGGCUACUAAGGGACUAACGCUUGCACCUGCAAUCUUGAAUUUUGUGACUUUACUUCCGGUUUACAAGUUGUGAUGAUUCAUCACGGCAGCCAUUUUUAAUUUUUUACAAGAUUUCAAAGAUUAGUGUAAAUAUGGUCACAACUGUUGAACUCCAACCUAUUAUUAUAGCUAAACUAGUCAGAGAAGCCAAACUAGCCAAAACUCUAACAUCGAACGUCUACCCAGGAAAGAUUUUCGAUGGAAUUUUUCAUCAAUGUAUCGAUAAAAGGUGACUUUGUGACUCUCAAUGUUCCUGGUUAUAUAUAUAUCCUUGCAUGGAUGUCGUAAUUAGAGAGCUGUGCACUCACUUGAACAA